AUGCCAAAUGGCAAUAAGGGUGCAUCCAAAAUCAACAGAAGGAGGAAUGGACGAGGCCAGAGGAAAGGGAAAAGAGAAGGAAAUGCCAAAAUUCUUGCCAAUGACGAGGUUCAAGAGAGAAAUCAGGAUAGCGAGCACAAACGAGACGGUAGGAGCACAGUCCUCAUAAAGCGCGGGUGGAAAGACGUGCCCAAGUUUGAGAAGGUGCAAGUAUAUGAAAGAAAGAGGACAAGUCAAUUGAUGUGCCAUCUUGAAUGGGCAACGACGGAUAUUGCUGGACAAAUUUGCUAUGGUGAGCAACCAGCGCGAACAAUGAUUGAAUGCAAUGACAGGAUUAAUGGUGUAGAGAUUGAAAACGAAGAGACCUUUCAAGGUCGGGGGAAGCGAAUACGUUGUCAAUUGUUGAGGAUGUCAGCCCGUGGUAAAAGGGGGAAGAUGGAGUGUCGUGGAUGUAUAAGUAUUGAGUGCGUGAUUGAGGUCGACCAGAAGAAUCAAAUUAGUAGAUCUGGUGGAGUAAUGGGAAGAGUCAUGAUACAAACAAGCAAUGUCGCAAGCUGUCAAGAAUUGAUGGCAACCAAUCAAAAUCGAUGCCGUUGGUUGUUCAAAACCAAUUUCGCGUUUUUAGAAAUGAAAGUCUUGAAAAAUGCGGCUUCAGGUGAAUCUUCUGCAUCUUGCUCAAUGUUGAUAGAAAAACCAAAAGAUAAAGGCAUAUGUAUGAAAGAAGCGGACACAGAACUAUUUUCUGAAGUCUCUAAGCAAGUUGGUCGUAAAUUCAUAUUGAGUGAAAAACAUACAACGGCCACUAUAAACUUUAUUGAUGUUAAUCCCUCAGUUUUUAUUGUUGAAGUGAACGAACAUCUGUUGAAGCGAUUCAACUAUCUCAAAUUUUUACGAGAAGCAAAUGUAACCUCUUGUUGA